UGCGAUUAUGCGGAAGUGAAGCUGACGAGACAAGGCUGUUGCUGCGUGUUUUGGAGAGGAGUGUGUACACGGCUGUGUUUCAGUAGUACUUGUACUCUUCUGUUGUGUAAAAUGGAAUCCGAGAAGUAUCCACGAUCGUCUAUCGAAGAUGAUUUUAACUACGGGACAAAUGUGGCGACAGCCAGCGUCCAAAUCCGAAUGGAUUUUCUGCGGAAGGUGUACAGCAUCCUUUCCAUUCAGAUUAUUCUGACCACAGUGACGUCAGCUGUCUUCAUGUACAGUGACUCCAUCAAGAACUUUGUUCAUGCAAGCCCUGCUCUGGUUUUGGUAUCAGCUGUUGGCUCUCUCGGUCUUAUCUUUGCCUUGGCCAUCUACAGACACCAGCACCCAGUCAACCUUUACCUGCUCCUUGGCUUCACACUUUUUGAAGCUGUCACUGUUGCUACUGCUGUCACGUUUUACGAGUACUCUGUGGUGCUCCAGGCCUUUGCUCUCACUGCCGCUGUGUUCGUUGGCCUGACCGCCUACACCUUCCAGUCAAGGAGGGACUUCAGCAAACUAGGAGCGGGGCUUUUCGCUUGCCUGUGGAUUUUGAUAAUUGCAAGUUUCAUGAGGCUGUUUUUCCACAAUGAGACAGUGGAGCUGGUGUUCGCUGGUGCUGGAGCCCUUGUGUUCUGUGGCUUCAUCAUCUUUGACACCCACCUGCUGAUGCACAAGCUCUCCCCUGAGGAGUACAUCCUGGCCUCCAUCAACCUGUACCUGGACAUCAUUAACCUGUUCCUGCACCUGCUGCGCCUGCUGGAGGCGAUGAAGAGGAACUAGACUGCCAGGCAAGAGCAGCUCAGCCAGUGCCUUGGGUUACACGAUCAGCUGUUAUGUUUUAAUGCUCAUACUUUCCAAUGCUGGCUGCAAAUGUAUAAUCCGUUCCUAAUGAAUUCACUGUUUGUUAUUCACUAAUUCAUACCCUCUUACUCUCCCACCGGGGGACUGUGUGAGAAGUGUGCAUUCAUGCAUGUGUGAAUGCAUGCCUUAUACAUGGGAUUAACAUCACUUGUUGCAAAGGAAAAUGGAAUGAAUGUGGGUAAUUAAAGGGCUGAAUUCAAAUUGAAUGACUUCAGAACUCAGAGGAAGUGCAGAAUAUAUUCAGGUGUUCCUGUGGUGUUCAGUCGGAAUAAAUUAUGAAUUUAUGGCCAUUGUAUUUACGGAUAUAAAAAAAAAAAAAUUUGCAACAAUUUUUUCUGUUAAUUAUUUAUAAUUUAGACUCUAAAGGUGCAAUAUUACUACAUACAGUAUAUUACUAUUUGUUUUCUAAUAUAUUUAAUGCUGGGAAUACUGUGCUUGAUAAAUGUGAAGUAUUUUGUAUAUUAGAAUAUGUUAAUAAAUUUGCAUCUGUCCA